AAGAUCUCCCAACACAGACACAACCCGAGUAAUUCAACACUGAUUUCACUCCGAAUGAGCAGAGGACAGACGAGAUGCCAAAAACUCGAGCAACAAUCGUCGGGACUUCUGUAAAGCUUGCGUUCUAAAUAAUAAUAAGGAAAGUAAGAGAGAAGCCGGGGGAAGCCGCGAAGAAGAAUAAAUAAAACUGCGUUUUUAACUUCCAGAAGAGCCGUGACCAUGCUGCCAGUGAGCUAGUGCGCGAUUAUUGUUUCGACUUACCACUGAGUGAUCACUUUGUGAAAGGAAACAAAUUUAAAAAAGGGAACGGACUAAUAAAGACGAUCACCGCUGAAAGUAAUGAUCCUGCACCAUCUGUCCUAGAUCAACAUUGCUUGUUUUUCUUUUUUUUUAAAAUUUUACGUUGCUUUUUAUCUUUGCCCUUUUUGGAUCGCCGGGACCGCUCCUGAAACCUGGAAGUGAACAAUCCACAUGGUCCAGGCGUAGUGUGAAAGUUGAGAUCUCCAGAAUUUCAAAACAGAUGUGUGCCUGGCCACUAUCGUGUUGAUGAUGUGUACAGUAGAAACUUGAACAAAAAAAGGUGACACGUGAUGAUGGUAGAAUCGGCAACUGAGACAAUUCGAACAACCCCCUCCAAUCAGAAUGGAGUCAGCAGCCUGAGCAGCCAACCAGACAGUGGCGGUCGAGAAGGCGGGUCCAACGGGGACGCCUCUGGUGAAGUGAAUCCUGUAGACUUGCUGCACCUCCAGCAACAGCAGGCUCUUCAGGCAGCGCGGCAGUUCCUCCUUCAGCAGGCGACUGGCUUGAACAGUAACGAGAAUAAGCAGGCGGCCGUGCAGGUCCCAGUGUCUGUGGCCAUGAUGACACCCCAGAUGAUCACCCCUCAACAGAUGCAGCAAAUCCUGUCUCCUCCCCAGCUCCAGGCUUUGGUUCAGCAACAGCAGGCUCUGAUGUUACAACAGCUGCAAGAAUACUACAAGAAGCAACAGGAACAGCUGCAUCUCCAGCUCCUUACACACCAGCAGCAACAGCAGCAGCAACAAGCAGGCAAACAGGCCAAAGAGCAGCAGCUGGGGAAUAAACAGCUGGCGUUCCAGCAGCAGCUGAUCCAGAUGCAGCAGCUGCAGCAGCAGCACCUCCUGAACCUGCAGAGGCAAGGCCUGGUGAGCCUGCAGCCCAGCCAGGGUGCCGUGCCUAUGCAGAGCCUGCAGCAAGCCAUGUGCCCUGCAGACCUCCAGCAGCUCUGGAAAGAUGUAGCCGGCAUGCAGAACCAAGAAGACAACAUGAAGCACGAAGGUCUAGACCUGACAACCAACAGUUCCAACUCUACCUCUUACUCGGCCUCUAAGGUCUCACCUCAAAUAACCCAUCACUCUUUGCCAAAUGGACAGAACUCUGUUCACACUCCAAAGAGAGAGAGAGCAAGAGUCUUUGACUGGAUCUCCUCCUUCAUGAAGGCUGAACCUGCAGACGAGUACCGAACACCACACUUGAAAAGCGGUUACCAACAAAACACUCACUCUUCCCAUGAGGAGCACACAGGCUCUCACCCUCUCUACGGACAUGGAGAGUGCAAGUGGCCAGGCUGUGAAGCUCUAUGUGAGGACAUGGGACAGUUCAUAAAGCACCUCAACAGUGAACAUGCACUAGAUGACCGGAGUACUGCACAGUGCCGGGUUCAAAUGCAAGUGGUUCAACAGCUAGAGAUACAGUUAUCCAAGGAGAGCGAGCGUCUGCAAGCGAUGAUGACACAUCUGCAUAUGAGGCCAUCGGAGCCAAAGCCUUUCAACCAGCCCCUCAAUCUGGCAGCCAGUGCCUCUCUUUUGAAGAGAGAGGGGGACACUUUCCCGGAAGGUUUACCUCACCCCCCCACCUCAGCCACGGCCCCCAUCACCCCCCUGCGCCAGGGGCCCUCUGUCAUCAGCUCCUCCAGCCUGCACAGUGUGGGGGGGGCCAUCCGCCGGAGGAACUCUGAUAAGUUCUGCACCCCCAUCGCCUCGGGUAAGGGCCAUGGAGGCUACUGCAGUUUACAGCUCCAGUUAGCAAUGGAGCUUGCACAGAAUCAGGAAUUCUACAAAAAUGCUGAUGUCAGACCUCCCUUUACCUACGCCUCGCUCAUACGACAUGCUAUAUUGGAAGCCCCCGAUAGGCAGUUAACCCUGAAUGAAAUUUACAACUGGUUUACACGAAUGUUCGCCUAUUUCAGGAGAAACACAGCAACAUGGAAGAAUGCAGUACGCCAUAACCUGAGCCUGCACAAGUGCUUCGUCCGAGUGGAGAAUGUGAAGGGGGCUGUGUGGACAGUGGAUGAAGUUGAAUACCAAAAGAGGAGACCACCAAAGAUGACUGGAAGCCCAACUUUAGUAAAGAAUAUGAUUUCAGGACUUGGCUAUGGAUCUCUUAACGCAAGCUAUCAGGCGGCCCUGGCAGAGAGCAGCCUGCCUCUGCUCAACAGCCCCACCCUGUUGAACACAUCGACUGGCAGCAGCAUGAACAUGCUCCACGUGGGCCACGAUGACGUCAGCAGCACCGUGGAGCAGAUCCACAGCAACGGCAGCAGCAGCCCGGGGCUUUCCCCCAGGCAGUACGGGCAUCAAAUUCACGUCAAGGAAGAGCCCGCCGAGUUGCUAGAGGAAGUCAACAGGCCUGUGUCGCUCAUGGCAACAAUGAACCAGAACCUGCCGUUGCCUGGCGAUGAGCGAGAUAUGGAGGAGGAGCUGCCAGCGGUGGAGGAGCUGGAGUAGGAGCACGUGUUCUCCAGCACUGCUUUCUCUACGACUUGUAAAGUAAAAACAAAACAAACAGGGUCAGGCCUCACAUCUGCUCAAAAACUUUUUAGCCACAGCACUGGGGCUCUUCAGAUCACCACUCAAGGCCCAUAGGCUCUCCAGAAAGUCUUUCUAUAUAUAUACAU